GUGGUCUGAAGAACUGAAUUUUAAGAUUUAAUGAACUCGGAUUUAAAUAACAGCCUACUGCUGGUCUAGCUGAAUACUACUCCCAGCCCCAAGGCCCACCCGCAUUCCAGAAUACCACCUAUCUCCCCGAACCACUGGACUAGGGGCCACAUUCCUGGAAGUUUGACCUGCUCUAGUUGAUGCGUUUUUUGCCCAAGGAACUGUCCAUGAAAACAGAGUCGGUGGGCUUCUAUUCCUGACUCGCCCUGCGCCACAAGAGGCCGCUGCGGGCCAGCUGUGCCCAAGUUCCCCGCAGAGCGCCCCCACGCUGUCUCCGAAGAAGGCGGCGGUGCUCGCAAGGACUGGAGUAGCCCGAGCGACUCCACAGUCUAGCGGCUGCGCGCUCCUCAGCAGACCGAAAGCUCGGGGGUACCGGCCUGGCCCCGCAGAACUGGUGGGUGCUGGACCAGAGCAUGCAGGUGCUCCAAGUCGGGGACUCCAGCUUAGCCAGAGCCCCUGCUGUCCUUGGGCGCAACAACUUAGGGACGAUCUAUCGCGGACAGAGCUCAAAACCAGACAACACCUAUGCUGGCCACUCCCGCGGAGAGUCGGCUUUUGGGAGUCUAGAUGCCAAGCUCAGAAGCAGCGAGGACCUCAGGCCAGAAGGUUGAACCAGGGCCACUGCUGUGGAGCAGCUUUCUCUUAGCCUCUCCAGGGGUCUGCUCUCUCUGUGUCCUGAACAACCUCCACACUGCUCCCUGCUUAUCCAGAUGGAAGGAGUCUGAGACCAGCAGAUGAACAGACCUAAAGACCCCAGAAACGCCUCUGCCUUCCUGAUCCUUGAUCCCUCUCUGUCAGUCAUCACAUCCUACUGUGACAUCGUGCCUGCCCGCAAGCUGCCUGAGACAAACAAGAAUGACUGAGAGGUCCACCAGCAACUGGAGCGCAGGCAGCUGGGUGCUAGCACUAUGCCUAGCCUGGCUGUGGGUGCGUCUGGCCUCUGCCUCUUUGCAGCCCCCAACAUCCACAGUCCUAGUGAAGCAGGGCACCUGCGAGGUGAUUGCUGCACAUCGCUGCUGUAACCGGAACCGAAUUGAGGAGCGCUCCCAGACGGUCAAAUGCUCCUGCCUCUCUGGCCAGGUGGCUGGCACUACAAGAGCAAAGCCCUCCUGCGUGGACGCCUCCAUCGUCCUGCAGAAGUGGUGGUGCCAGAUGGAGCCCUGUCUGCUGGGGGAGGAGUGUAAGGUGCUCCCGGAUCUGUCAGGGUGGAGCUGCAGCAGCGGACACAAGGUCAAAACCACCAAGGUCACACAGUAACUCUCGGAGGUCAACAGCUCAGGCAGGACAGCCUUGACUGGACUGAAGAAAGGCCUCCGGUCACCAGACAGCAGAUAGGAGGACUCACUUACCUGGAUAUGUGUCCGUGUCAAAUGUAUCAUAGACCUGCUAGGGCCCUGUUAGCCUCGCUGUUCAACAGAAAUGCUUGGCUCUUUGGCCACACACUUGAGAGACCCAUGCUCUCCUAUGCACGAGGGUCAAACACACAAACCUAUCCUUAAGGAAUAUCUUGUCAAGUUAGGGAAUGGAUGACCGACAAUUUCAACAGUUUAAAG